AUGAAUACUUUUGGCUUGAUACAAAUUGGCCUCAUACUGUCAGGCACCACCAUCAUCUCCAGUCUUCAGUGCAACCACCUCCCUUUGCAGCAAAGAAAAGUGAUUGAGAACAGCCUGCGACUCUUGGAUAAAAUGGGAAAAGAGUUUCCCCAACAAUGUCUAAGAGAGAAAAAGUCCUUCAGAUUUCCUGCACAGGUUCUGCAGCCCAGGCAGAAAGAGGCUGUUGGAGUUGCCAUUGAAGAGAUCUUCCAACAUAUCUUUUAUAUCUUUAGCAAAAAUCUGACUCUAGCUGCUUGGGAUGGAACAGUAUUGGAUCAGUUCCAAAAUGGACUUUAUCUGCAAAUUGAGCAAUUGGAGGCAUGUGUAAUUGAAAAGCACACCCAACAUUGUUGGAGUAAAGACGUCAGCAGGCUGAAAUUGAAAAAGUACUUCCAAAAAAUAGACUGUUUUCUUAAAGAUAAACAACACGACUUGUGCUCUUGGGAGAUCAGCCGUGCAGAAAUGAGAAAAUGUCUCCAACUGAUUGAUAAAGUGACAAGGAAGCUUAAAAACUAA